AUGAAUGUUAAUUUAAUAUGUCCUCAACACAAAUAACAUGUAACCUAAGCUUGUCUUGAUUUAGAAUGCUAAGCAUUCCCAUUUAUGUGUUAAAUUUGUUUGAGUGAUUAGUCAACCAUCUCACAACACACCAAACAUAAUCAAUUCCUAAUCCCAUAUCCACAAUACAUAACCUAGAUGAGUAAGAACAUUCAAAGCAACAUCAAUGAAGCCCAUUAAUUCAAUGAUCUCUUUAAACAAGAAUCUUAGGUCUUAUAACAACUGCUAUCAUCUGAUGAACAUCUCAGUAAUAUUGAGGCAUAGAUAUCUUCAUUAAAGCAUCAGAUUGAUUCUGAUAUCAAAUUAACAUUGAACUCACUUAGCAAAGUGUUUGACAUACAAAAAGCAGAAUUAUUUAAUAAACUAGACUCUUAUCUUUAAAUCUACAAAAGUAACUUAUUCAUCCUCAAAGAACAAAUAGAACCCAUUCAUUUUCUAUUGACUAAGUGUAAAUAUUAUACUAAUGAGAAUAACCUGAAAUAAAAAUUACACACUAAGCCAGAUUUAGGAUCGCAAGUCAAGAUUUCUAUCAAAUAACUCUAAUAAAAAUAGCCAUCAAUGUUGAAAUUAAACUUUGAGAUAUUCAAAAAAUCAUAAGAGAUGAAACCAAACACCUCUAGUUUAAAUCAAUUAUUAAAUGAAACCCAAAAUUCAAUCACCGAGUAUUUUAAUAAGAAUCUAUCCAUUCCAACAUCAACACUCUUGGAAAUCCCUCCAUCAUAUAACAAUUAAACUCUUACACCUAUCAAAAGUAAGUCCUUAGAAUUGUGCUAUUCCGACAGGCCAGUCCCAAUUGAUGAUAACAAAGCUACAAUCAAAUCUAUUGACUCUAAAAUACCCAUUUCAAACCUACAACCUACUUUGGAAAUUCCAAAGUUUAAUGCAUAAGUACUGGAUUAGAGAAUCAUAUAAGAAUAGAACUAAACAAAAAAUCAUCUAAGCGCUAAAUUCAGGAUUAAGAAAAAGUUGAGUAUAGAAUUCCUGGUUUAAACUAUGGCCCUAGUUAAUUAUUCUCAUGUAGCUCUGGGAUUAGUAGAUGGAACUGUGAAAUUGUUAGAUAUGAAUACGAGUAAAGUGAGUUUUUAUCCAAACACUUACAUUCAACACUCAAAACCCAUCAAUUAAAUAGUUGUACUUAAGUAAGAUAAAGGAAUUAGAUUGGCAUCAUUGAGCGAUGAAAAUUUUGCAAUAGUUUGGACAUUAGGUGAAAAUUAUGUACCUUAUCCUGAAAGAAAAUUGGUUGGAUUUAAAUAAAAGCUAAAUCAUAUCAUGGAUUUAGCUGACUAGUCUCAUUUACUCUGCUAAAGUGAUACAAAUUUAUAGAUUAUAAAUUAUCAUGAUAAUAGAAUACUUUGUGACUUUGACUUUAAAGGUCAAUUAGUAGAGUUUCUAUAUUUAAGUAAAUUUGAGAGAUUCGCUACGAUUUCUUAAGGAAAUAUUGUGUCAAUAUAUAGUUUGAAAUUGAGUGGGAAUCAACAAAAUGCUACUUAAUUGGUAAAUUGUUAAUUAGAAUCAAUUCAACCUGCUAUUCCUAUUUCUAACAUUAGCACUUGUAUUGGAGUUGAUUUUCAAAGUGAAGUAAUUAUUUGUUAUGGAUGCUGGGAUGGAUAAGUAAGAUUGUACAAUGUGUUUAAGAACAGUUUGCUUGGAGAGUAUUAGUUAUUUAAUAGUAGGAUCAAGGAAAUGAUUAUUUUAAAACAAGAGAAUUAAUUUGUUUUGGUAGUUAUUGCUGAAAAUUCAAAAUAAAUAAAAGGGAUUUUGAUUUAAAAAAAUAAGGUACUACAAUUGGACAAGUAUGGAGAACUGCUUGAUUGUGCGAGUAAGUAUGGAAGGAAUGUGGUGUAAUAAACAGUAGUAAAAAGCAAAAACGGAAUAUACUUACUAAGUGAAACAUAGAAAGAUAUUGGUUUAUAUGAAUUAUGCUGA